GCCUGGGAAACAAACGACCUUGCUUGAGUAAUGUCAACAAAGCGUCAAACUGUCUCUUACAAGCAAUGAAAAGCCCCCAAACGCAAAAACCGAUUAAAUUUCGAACUCCGACGUCCGCUGUGUCAAUAUUAUGCGACAAACCGCCCCAGAUACCGCUAGCAAUGGAUGAUAAAGCGUCGUGUAAAGAACUGGAUCAGUGGAUAGAACAGUUAAAUGACUGUAAGCAACUAUCAGAAAAUCAAGUAAAGACACUAUGUGAUAAGGCGAAAGAGAUCCUGUCGAAGGAGUCGAACGUACAAGAAGUGCGAUGUCCUGUAACCGUGUGCGGGGACGUCCACGGCCAAUUCCACGACUUGAUGGAGUUGUUCAGGAUAGGAGGAAGGAGUCCCGACACGAAUUACCUCUUCAUGGGUGACUAUGUAGACCGUGGUUAUUAUUCGGUGGAGACGGUGACACUCCUAGUAGCUCUCAAAGUUCGAUAUAAAGAAAGAAUAACGAUUCUAAGAGGUAACCACGAGUCGAGACAAAUCACCCAAGUUUACGGUUUUUACGACGAGUGUUUGAGAAAAUACGGAAACGCAAACGUUUGGAAAUUCUUUACGGAUUUAUUUGAUUAUUUGCCUUUGACGGCGCUCGUCGAUAGUCAAAUUUUCUGUCUGCAUGGAGGACUCAGUCCCAGCAUUGAUACCUUGGAUCACAUUAGGGCGUUAGAUCGUUUGCAAGAGGUUCCUCAUGAGGGGCCAAUGUGCGACCUUUUGUGGUCGGACCCCGACGAUCGCGGGGGCUGGGGUAUUUCCCCCCGAGGGGCUGGUUACACCUUCGGUCAGGACAUUUCCGAGACUUUCAAUCAUUCGAACGGUUUGACAUUAGUUUCGCGUGCCCAUCAGCUAGUUAUGGAAGGUUACAAUUGGUGUCACGACCGCAACGUCGUCACCAUCUUUAGCGCCCCCAAUUACUGUUACCGUUGCGGUAACCAAGCGGCUAUCAUGGAACUAGAUGAUGCCCUCAAAUAUUCAUUCUUACAAUUUGACCCAGCACCUCGUCGUGGGGAACCCCACGUGACGCGCAGGACACCCGAUUACUUCUUGUAAUUCUUAUAUUUGUCAAUCGCAAUAUCAUAAACUUGCUUAGAUAUAUUGUAUUUGUUAACAAAAAAAUGUAGCGUACAAAUGACGCAGUCUGAAAGAGAACAAGUUCUUUUCUGCGCCCAGUUCCCAUACUAAUAAUUUAACUGAAAGGGGGGCGAAACGAGCUUUUUUCUGUAUACUGUUUUGUUAAAUUAUUAUCAAAUUCGAGGAGUACUGAGGUUUGGUAGGUUUGCCCUAUUCGCGACCAAAAUUAUUAUACAUAAACUACAAGGUAGGUAUGCAUGUCCUAGUUAUAUACUCAGUGUUUUUAAUUAAAAAAGUGCAGUUUCUUUCUUUAUAUUUGUGUAAAAACGUUCAGUCCGUUUUUUCUAUACAUUGUGUGAUAUUGUGUACAGGGUGUUUGCCCCCUGUGUAUGAAAUUACCUGAAUUCAACAAACAAAACUGCGUUCGGCUAUGGCUAUAAUCUCGUUCAUUUAAUAACAUUAAUUGUGUUUAAGACUGUACAUUUGGUUUUCUGUGAAGUAAAAAUUAUUUCUAA